AUGAGUUCGGAAAAGGCUCGUAUAAAUAAGCCUGGCAAGAAACAUCACGAUUCGACAUAUUUACCAAUCACGCCUGUUGAAAGCGGAACCAAGCAUGUCGCUGCAGACGCAAGACGAGUAGCAACGACGACAAAAGCGACCCGAAGAAACAGGCUCCUCUCGUCCGUCGUGAAGAACCAGAAUGGACGGCGAUACCCUAGUUCUCCUGACUGGGAUAGUCAGAUAACGUUAACACAACUUGUCCCAAAGACAGAGACACCAGAUGACGCACGUGAUUCGGUUGAAUACAACGAAGAUGCGAAUAGAUUGGAAAAGGGACGGAACCACGCCAAUGUGAUUGAUCUCGUUGAUGAUCUUGAUGAAGACGACGUACCCUGCAAAUCUUCGGGUCGGCAGCCGCCUCGGGAACAAUCUUUCCGCUCUCCCAACAGCAUCCCAAAUACGCUUUUCAAGCGGCGAAAAUCAUCAUCUGGCACUGCUAGUAGCGUGCGGCAAACAGCCAAGGCGGGAAAAGGGAAAAAUGAGAAGAAUCCCAAAUACAAAGGCAAAGAUGGAAACAAGACUUUGACCCAGAUGGAUUUUGUUCGGCGAUAUAUACCUCUUCCCGAGUCCGAUGACGAUGACCUAAAGUUGUACGAUGAGACAUUGCCAGCUACGGACAAUGGUGACAUCCAUAAAGAGGAACAAAAUAAAAAUCCCGGUGAUUUAUUGACACCAAGGAAACGAAGGAAGUUGGACGACGACAGCAAGCUUGCGUCGCCUACGAUCAAGAGCAAGUUGUCCCCGGACCAAAAGACAGAGGCACAUCUAGUGUCACAAUCCAAUCAUACACCGAAAACGCCGCAGAGGUCUCUCAAAUUUGAGAUACCUUCGUCACAAACUCCCGAAUCUCCCUAUCAAAAGUUCCUUCCUUCGCCUGACUUGCACAAGGUACGCCGUGCCUCGCUAGGCGUGCAGUCUUCGAAAAUAGUGGAUGAGAAUUACGGGCUGGCUUCGCAGAGUCUUAAUCAGGAAGAAGCCAAGACAACACAGCACGGGAUGCUGCAAUCCGCACCUUCAGAUAUCGGGCACGAUGGGCAUCUACCUUUUACCGCAAGCCCCUACACUCAAUCUCGCCGAUCUCCGAGCCACAUUAAACCCUUGUUAUUUCAAUCAGAUAGACAGAAGAUGACUUCUCGGGCACCUGAACCACCUCCUGUGCCACUAGACAAAGAGGCUAUUAUAUAUGAUACCGAUGCCGGCACUGAUUAUGGCGAUUUAGAUGACGAUAAUCUGCCUCAAUCUCCUGCCGAGAUUAAGAGUCCAUCAAGGCCCGACCGGUCGGAUUGUCUUACUAGGCAUGACACUCAGAAUGGCUUCGACUCUGAUGAUCUUCCACCUAUUCCCAAUUCCGGGACCGACCUCGAAAUCAAUACAAACACCCUUUCCGACCCUGCGCUGGCUUCUGAAUCUUCUGUAUACUACCGCAGGCCCGCUCAAUUUACCCAGUAUCCAAACGAGCCUGUGCCUAUGGUCAAUACUCAGAAGAUAGCGGAGCUGUUCCCAAUAGAGGAAGAAGAAGCAGAAGUAGAGGAGCCCCGUGAGUCGUUAAUCGGGACGUCAAUGUUAUCUUCUAAUCAAUUCUCUAUCUCGCCAACAAAUCACCAACCAUUAGAGAGUGAAGUUCCAACCCAGGAAGAGUCUGCCGAGAAAUUGGUUGACAUGGUCCCUGAAUCUUCCCCUGCCGCAAGGCUUGCCGAGGCUGCACCCGCGGCCAGCACGAUGGCACCGCCAUCACGAGAGUCAAUUGUACUCGUGGAAUCGUCACAGCUUGUGGACCGACUGAGCCGACAGGAUGACAGCCUUCAUGCGGGUGCGUCUUUGAGGAGAUUGUUUUCCACGGGCGAGUUCCUCACGGACAGUGUUAUGGAGAGCAUCCCUCCUCCGCCCUGGGCGCUAAGCCAGGAUAGCGUUGGAGACCCGUAUCCAGAAGACGACGCCAAUUAA